AUGCUCAGCCCACGCCAUUUUGGCAAGCCCACCGACAGACACAGACCCAAGAUUUCCUUCGAGGAGUUCCUGCGUCAACAUGAAAUGCGACAGCGAAUCAAGAACAGACGCAGCGUUCACAUCUUGGCACCCGUUUCAUCGACAGACAAUGUGCUGGCAGAGGAACAACAUUCUAGGUCGUCAGCUUCGUUGGAACACUAUCUCGAUAAGCGCAACCGAUACAAAAGCCUCCCUACAAGGAAUAACGGUAAUAGUGCGCAACAGCAAGCAAUGCAAACGCAUCUCGAUUCCGACAAGGAAAACAUGGAGCUCCAAACCCCUACUCUUGAUUCAAUCGUCACUCCUGUAACCAUGCGCCGUACCGCUCGACAGUACACUCCGUCGCGAGUACGCGACCAUUCCAACGUCGCAAGGUCGUUGUUUGCGUCCCCGCGAACCCCACUAGCCUCACCUGUCCGCCGCAUGUUUCGAAAAGACCUCGCACCUCGUUUUGCUGAGCCCCGUCGUUUAUCGCCAGAGGAACAGGCAAAAAUUUCCUCAGGCUCUUCCCGAAACGCCGGCUCAGGUCUGAAUCGACGAGCUUUCUCCAUGAGGCUUCCAGCGCGGACAACACCUCCUACGUCAGGCGAAACGCUCCCUUCCGCAGGAAAUCCGGCUUCGCGCGGGAAUGGCAAGUCCAGGGCUUUUAUCGACCGCCCCGCCGAUGGUUCUGGGGGCGGAAGAAUAGCUCUUCCGUUACGCAGAGUACGCCCGACCACAUCCGCCAGUUCAACUUCUACCAUUACCCCACCCCUUGCACAGCAAUAUUCAACAAUAGCUUCAGAUGCCAAACCCAAUUCAGAUUCGCCGGAGAGUCAGCACCCUGAAGGACGUCAGGAGGAGCCCAUAGAGAGGAGAGAAUCUCUGGUUGCCAAGGCCCGACAACUGAAGAAGUCAGCUUAUUUUACUCGUCCAUCAGCAUCAUCUUCUUCAACCCAAGGCGAUGCUAAGGCUGAUCACAUCCAAUAUCCUGACUUACUUCAUAAACUUGAGGAACACAACAGAAGAAUGCGGAUGAGCGGGAAACACAACAAAGCCAAGCUUGAAGAGCUCCCGAACCCUCAGCGAGACAUAACCCCGCCUCUCCAUAAUCCAGAACGCCGCGGGCAAGGAAAGCCAGCUGACGAGGUGGAGAGCAGCCAGGAUUCUGUUGAAGGAGAGGCAAAAGACAUGCCACCUGACACCGUACCUAAGAACGAAGCAAGGAAUUCGGGGCCGCUCUCUUUGAGUGAUUUACUUCAGUCAGAAAACCAUCGAAUCCUGAAUGAAAGGAAACAGAGAUUACCAGAAAGAAAGAAGGCAAUAAAAGCAAACAAGAUGACAGUAUUGCAGCGGAUCGAAGGACAGAGACAAGCCGCCGCCCUCCAAGGAAAACGAAAUUCCGCUCUUGUUGAAUUUACGUCAUCAGUGCCUGUUCAGAGACCAAGGCAGGGCGGCUACCAAAAGCAGCCGACUAGACCGUCCGGAUCAGUCAGAUUCAAAUCGUCAAAACCAAAGAACUCGAACGUACCGCCACGAAAUAACCCCUCACAAAACAGAGCGCAGGGUGUGAAAAAGCGGACGAAAAGCACUGGCACGGCAUCCUUGAAAGGAGACGGACACCAAGAACCGAAGCCGUCUCGGGGUGCAAAUGUCACCCGCGCAAUCACGAACAAAACUUCCAGGACAGACCAAAUUAAGGCUGCGGCGAAACAGAAGCUCGAAGAAGAUCGCUUGGAGAGUGAUCUGCAGUCCAUGCUUAAUCAGCAUAAUAGUAGAGUGAAGAACAACAGAAAAGUUAGAACAUGA